AAAGGGGCAGGUCGCUGUCUGCACUUUACGUGAUCAGUGGUUGGGAUGGAUCUGUUUCCCCGCAUCUCAAUCUUCUUUCCCCAGGUCUCAAAGCCGGGGUGCAUCUUGUCGGUUCCCCGCACACCGAACAAUCAAUUACCUGCAGGCCUCCACCUGCGGAUACAGGUACUCAGUACCUGUGUCCACGCUGGUGCAACGCUGCCAUUUCCCUGGUAGUACUUGUACCUGACACGAGUCGCGCGACGGGCCGCAAAUCCAGAUUGCCAGGCGGCUCCGAUGCGAAGUCCGAGACAAAUUCAUCCAGCCAAUCGUAUCUCCCCGUUUUGGGCCCCGCUUCUGCUUCGGGAAACCGUUUUUUCUUUGUUCCCGCAGCCACGCCGGCCCCUCCACCUUCAACGCCUUUGCAGCACCAGAGGACACAACGGCCCAGGGCGGGUUCCUCGCGCAGUGUGGCCAUCAAGAUGCAGGAGCAAGGUACGAGCGCUUCGUCCGCCUCUAUCUGGCGUUUCUCUCCCCGAGCAUCACAUGGCGGCAACCACUUGGAUAUUCGAGCAGUUUUGGAAGAUACUAAGGGUGUCCCUCCUGUCCAGUAGCGGGCGCUCUUCUUGCAGAGAGACAGAUGAUGAGAUCUUGAACAGAUGCGAGCAGAGUCCUCUCCGCCACUUCUUCAGAGAGAAAAGAAACGAACGUAAGGUAACCCAGGACGCGAUCACGGGGCACAUCACAGCCUCGACGAGUAUAGGCCAAAUCCCACUUCCACCGCUUGGCGUUCUGGCGUGUCGGCCCUGAUAUCCUUGAGCCCGGAGUGAUGGGGGCCCCACCUAGAUUGAUCGUCAAGUGACGGGUCGCAUUUCUCCAUCGCCCAGCGCAGGCGGUCUCUCCCGUCUUUCCACGAGCUAGCG